UUUAAGGGUUAAAUAAAAUGGAGCAUUUUACACGAACUAGAACGUUUAGAACACCCAAAAAUUGCAAUUGCAGUUCCGAAUAACAAUGGCGUCUUUUUGUUUUGUUGUUUAAAAGACGGUUAGCGGUACGAAUUUUUUCGUAUGUGUCUGGACGACCAUCUCUGUAACAUUUUAUCGUGAAUGAGUCGUUAUUUUUCAGAUAACAAAGAAUCAACGCCCUAUCAUCGCAAGAGAACCAAGAACACCAAGAGAACGAGGUGCGCCAGGUUUCCGUGUCCUAAUUCGAAUUGCCGGAGAGUCUUCAAGUGGAAAAAGCACCUGCUGAGCCACCUUCGCCACGAAUGCGGCCAGGAGCCUAGGUUCAAGUGUCCCUACUGCGACUACGUAAGCAAGUUCAAGAACGACAACGUAAAGAGACACAUUCGGCUCAAGCAUAAGAAUCGCUAUGUCUACGUCAUCGAUAUUGAGCGGAAUGUUGUUUGUUAGGAUGCAAAGAAAUGUGUUAUUUUUUAAGUUAACAAGAGAUCGUUUUUGGUUGAAUGAAAUA